GCAGGGUCGGCAGCGGGGAAGCGGAGCGGGGCGGCGACAGGGAGCGGGCUGCCCUCGGAGCGGGCUGCCCUCGGAGCCGGCUGCGCCAUGGCCCGCCAGCUCAUCGGCCCCGCGCUGCCGCCCGGCUUCCCGCGCCGCGCCGAGGCCGAGCCGGGCGAGGACUUCAGCCAGGCAGCUAAGUGUUCCUGCUCACCCCAUGAGGCAGACUGCUGCAGUGCAGAGGAAGAAACGAGAGCAGUUGCAGGACCAGCACUGCCUCCAGGCUACAGAAGCAGCUGUAGCUCAGAAACUCCUGACAGUGAUGACGACUCAGAAUCGCUUCCUCUACCCAGAGACACAAACAGAGAUUCUGAAGAGGAGACAGAAGGAGAUCCAGCACCCAAAAAGCCAAAAAGUAUUAAUGAAGACGACGAUGAUGAUGGCUUUUUUGGGCCAGCUCUUCCUCCUGGAUUUAAAAAACAGGAUGAUUCUCCAGAGAGACCCAUUAUAGGUCCUGCAUUACCACCUGGCUUUAGGAAACCUUCAGAGGACACCAGGAGUAGCAGAUGUUUCAUAGGACCGUCUGUUUCGUCAGAAUCCCAUCCCCAGCUGACAGAUAGUAGCGAGGAGGAGGACAAUCUUAUAGGGCCGAUGCCUGCAAAAGGACCAGUGGAGUCUGAUGUGGCUAAAGAAUUUGAACGCAGAGCUCAGAGAAUGAAAGAAAAACUUACUACAGCAGACAGUGAUGAACCCAAACAAGUUACCAGGGAAUCAUGGAUGACAGAGCUCCCACCUGAGUUGAAAAGCUUUGGAUUUGGCCCAAGAACAUUCAAGAGACGAGCUGAUGACAAAUCAGGUGAUAGAUCUAUUUGGACAGAUACUCCAGCAGACAGAGAGAGAAAAGCCAAGGAAAGAGAGGAGGCAAAAAAAUCAAGCAGUAAGGAUAAUGAAGAAAUGGUAUUAUCUGGGAGAGACAAGAGGCUUAUUGAGCAGGUGACUUUGUACAAUGAGUCAAAGAGGUCAGAGUCUCUCAUGGACAUCCAUCAGAAAAAGCUGAAGAGCAAAGCAUCCGAAGAGAAGACCAAACCUCAGGAAAGAAGGCCAUUUGACCGAGAGCAGGAUCUCAAAGUCAAUCGCUUUGAUGAAGCACAAAAGAAAGCUCUUAUAAGAAAAUCCAGAGAUCUGAAUAGUAAAUUUGAGCACAGUAAAGGCAACAUGUUUUUAUAAGAUGAAAGCAUUAAGCUUUUUUGAAGUGAAGUCAAUUAAAAUUUGAAUACUUAAUUUUUGUAAGUAUUUUUCUGUAAAUAUUUGUAUACCAAAUAAAUAUCUUGAUGUUUAACUACUUUUCCUUGUCUGUAAAUACUCUCUUAGGGAGGAUCAUCUGUACUAAAACUAAAGUAGUAAAGGAAAGUCCUGGUAUAAAAAAAAAUAUAUAAAUUUGCUACUUUAAAACUUUGAUACAUAUAUUUUUUGUUUCUAGCAUAAAAAUAAUUAAUUAAAAUAGGUGGAUUUUUAAGGAGCUCUAGAUUUGAUCUUGCAGUGGAGUUGGCAGUUUUCCCUUUUCUCCUGCCAUGCUUAAGAUAGUCUUUCUGAACCUGACCUGAAGGCCAUGGAAAAAUCCCCUUUACAUUUGUGUGCAGAACAUUGCUUGACUGGAGUUCCUGCUGGGGAGUAUAAACUCAAAUGGCAACUUUUACAUUUGCCCAGGGCUUUUAUUUCUGUGAUUCUGUGUCUGUACAUAAAUAUAGGUUUAUAUGUAUGCAGAAUAGUUUCUAUAGCAGGAAGAGCUAGGGGUAGUAGGAGCAGUAAAACCUCAAGGUUUCUAGAGUUAGUUGUAAAAUGGUAGUAUAUGAGAAGAGAAAAUCUUAUUCAAGUUUCAAUUUGUAGGGAUUGUCAUCAGAAAUCCAUCUUUUUUUAAGCCCAUACAAUGUGAAAGUCAAAAUAAGGCCUAUUUUUGUCCAUUAAUUUGCAGAGCAGAACAGCUCUUUGUAUCCAAAAGGAAAUAAAUCUGACAUUUAAAAAAGUGUACAUUCACAUUUAGAGUUCUUUACCUCUUCUGUGUGUUAGCAGCAGAAAGGGUUAUUAAACACUGGAAUGGGCUGCUCAGGGAGGUGGUGGAGUCAGUAUCCCUGACGGUGUUCAAGAAACAACUGGAUAUGGCACUCAGUGCUUUGGUCUACAAGGUGGUGAUCAGCCAACCUAAAUGAUUUUGUGACACUCUGUGUUAAUUAUUUAAAAUUAGACCUGUGCUUUCACCCUUUGUCUCAAAUAAUGUUUAGGAUCCUUCUUUGUUAACAGUUACUGAAAGUACCUCUACAUGAAAACAAUUUUAUAUAUGAGAUGCUGGUAACUUGUUUGGAAGUAUAAAUACUGUGGGGUUUGCUGUAAUUUGAAAAAAUUCCUGUAAUUUGGAAAAAGGCUACCCUGAGAGAUGGUGUCUGGGUUACUUCAUGUUUAAUGGGGCAGUAACCUAACAAGCUCCAAAAAUUAAUAGUUAAAAACUUGGUCUUAUUUUAUUGCACCCAUGUGUGAGCUGGAGACACAGGCUUCGUGUGCUGAGAAGUCUUGGAGAGUUUCCAAUGUUGCAAAUGAGUGCUUACAUGGAAUGUAUUUAGAUAUCACUCUUUCUUUUAUAAUAGACUAUUUAUUCUGCCACCUGAAAAAUCUGCUACCUUCAGGCAAAAGAGAGACUGAUUUUGUAUUGUGUUUGCUUUUUAUUUAAUCAGUUUUCAGUUUCUGAGCCUUUUGUUUUGAGAUGAGAGGAGGGUUUAAAAAAGGGCUGUUUAUUUUUCUUCCCAUAAUAUAGACUUCUCUUAGUGCCUCAUGCUUUUUUAACUCAGCAAGCAGGGCCUCAUUAGGUUUCUACUUUCUGAACAAAUGUAGAUUUCUUAAUUGGAAAAGCAGUAUUAGAAAUGUCUGGGACUUUUUUAGGCAAUGACAGGGUGAGCAUGGCAUGACCAGCUAAGUCUUCACAGUUGACAAAAAAUUACUUCAUGAGCACAUCGUUCAGUCCUUGCUCAUUCAAAGUCUGGAGCAAGGACGAGGGCUGCUUGUACAAAAAUUUUGUUGUUAUGUGCUCUGUUUUCAUUUUUGUUCUUUGGCCCCUCCUCCUCCAAACUGAGGACUGGUCAUCAAAUGUCACAGAUGGCCAGACCUUGCCAUCUGGUUGGCUUCCUGCUGUUUGCUCAAUGCCCUCCCUGGCCCCAUCACAGUCUCCCGCCCUGUCCAGGGCCACGUUUGAGAGAAGAGUUCUCACAACGGGAGUGCAGCAGCCCCUUUGCCAUCGUACACUACCCCUCCAUAUGUGGGACACGUGGUUCUAAGUAGUGAAGCCUUGAUGUGAGCUGGGAACUUGGUUUUGACUCUUCCCCCCUCCCCCCCCCCAGCUCUGCGGCAGCUUUUUAAAGACUUGAUGAUGUCAGUGUUAUGAACUUGAGGUGGGGGAAAGUGGAGUUGUUGAGAGUUCAACUUAAGCUUUUCAUUACUUUGUGUAAAUUGCGUGAACUUUUGAACUGAAUUAAUACACAAGCUCAUCUCUUACUCAUGCCAAGCCAUUCCCUCAAAUAGUCAUUAGAACAAGCAGUAACUCAGUAAAUUACAAGCUCUGUAAGCUUUUAUGGGAAAAGAUGAGACAUCUACAAUUUGGACAAGUUUUAAAGCAUUUCUGCUGAAAUGUUAGGAGGUGUUUUUUUCAGAAUCUCAUUUGAAAAACCAGAAUCUAUUUCCCAGAGAAUCUUCACCAUAAUUACUAUGCAGUGUUUCUGGUAACCAGCUCCUAACACAGAUUUAAUGUAUGCUGUUGCUAUUCUGCAGUGCCAGCCUGUGUCACAGCAUAUUGACUCGAGGCGUAUCAGGAAACCCUGUUUUGUAAAAAAAAUUGUCAGAGAGGUUUUCCUGGAUGUGAAAAGUCUACCAGCCUAGAUUUUAGCAUGCUUGCCUUUGAUUUGUGCUGGCAUAGACGCCUUUAUUUAUACUGACAUUCAAUAUUCCUGCUCAAGAGUAGGGCCCCCUCCUUCUGAAAUGUUAAAUAGGUGUGUAAUUCAUAGUAUAGCCAAUAAAAAGAAGGCGUUUGUGGUAGGCAUAUGAUAAAUUGGGCGUUUAAAAGAAAUUUUAAGGAACAUUAUAUGUUAAUAACAAAAAAGAAAGGGAAAAUAACCAAAAAACAAUCAUUGAGUUUGCUGUUACCAAGGAACAAUUAAAAGCAAUAAAGACAUUUCAAGGAAACUUAUUGAUUGCUUUCUGUGUGUCUUCAGGACAAAUAUAUUGAGCUACCAUGAUGUUUGAGCUGGAAAAUUUUGUUAGAAUAAGGUACAGUAAUACUUGGGUAAAAUCUCUGUCUAUGCUUUUCUAAUGUAAACACCUAAUUGUGGAGUUAUUUUUUGCUUUUGCUGUUGCAGAAUGGAUAUUGGUGGAUGCCCUGUGCAUGUUGGCUUUUCUGGAUGAACUGCAUUUCCCAAAUAAUCAACAGCAAUAGAAAUGUGUUUUAUUUAGGGCUUUGAUGGCAUCAUGUUGAUAGCACCGAAGUGGCAUUGUUAAAAUCGCUUUCUUCUAGAAAGAAACAUUGAGAUGAAAUAUUGAUAUAUUUCUGUCCAAAAGGAAAGGGUGUUUUCCACAUAAAAGAAGAUUUUAAAUGUUCCAGAAGACUUCAAGAGUCCAGGACUAAUUGAGCCUGGGGACUUGUUUUGUUUCUGAAAUGUAAAUUUGUUGUUAUUGUUGUCCAGCCAAUUACAAAUCACAUGUCGAUUUAAGAGUCAUAUAGAAUUAAAAAUCAGAAUCUGGGAAAA